GAGCAGGAAGAGGGGGCCACUGUGACGGGACUGGAGAAGAGGCAAAGUCGGCUCUCAGUGACUGUGACUGUGCGAUGCCGGCUGGCUCCGACUCAGCCAAUAAGGGAUGUGGAAGAAACAUCAUCCACCAGUUUGGAUGGACAAACAGAAGGAGAACUGGCCAGGACUUUUUCUGGAGUGAGAGACAGAUGGGAUCAGAGGCCGGGGAAAGUACCUGAAGUUGACCUGGAGAUGAGCCUGUCCUGUCAAGAUCGGUGUUACAAGUUCAAGAACUUCACAUUGUAGCGAAGAAGACCUCUCCUGUACUUUGCAUGACCUGUGUGCUUCACCCAUGGAUAGCAGCCUACUGCCAGCACCAUGAUCUGCACUCAUGGCAUGCUGCUAAGCUCACUCCUGCUCCAGCUAGCAGUGGGUGGCUGCCCUACGGGUUGCCUCUGUGCCUCGGACAUCCUCAAUUGUGUCUCCCAAGGCCUGGAGCAACUUCCCUCACAAAUGUCUGGGUCUACAGCAACUCUGGACCUCAGCCACAACCGGCUGGUGCGAAUCGAGGAAGGCAGCCUUGAGGGGCUGGCUCGGCUGAACACGUUGCGCCUAGCCCACAAUCGACUGUCUGGACUACUUCCUGGAACCUUCCAGAACAGCAGUCGUGGCCUGCGCCACCUGGACCUCUCCUCCAACUUGCUGCGCGUGGUGGAACAUCACUAUUUUCAGAACCUACAGGCUCUUGAAGAGUUGCUGCUGUUCAACAACCGCAUUGUCCGGGUGGAGAGCAGGGCCUUGGUUGGCCUCAAGCACUUGCACAAGGUCUACCUGAGCCACAACCGCCUCACUGACUUCCCCUUCUUCUCGAUCAAGGGGCACAGCCACCCUUUCCUCCAUACACUGGAUCUUUCCUCUAACCGGCUGCCCAAGCUGCCCCUGGAAGACAUCAUGGCACUCCCGAUUUCCAUGCAAAGUGGCCUGUUCCUCCAUAACAACACUCUGACCUGUGACUGCAACAUGUACGGGCUGUUUCGCCGCUGGGAGAGGCGAGGAUUCGGCUGUGUGACAGACUUCCAGGAGCAGCACACCUGCCUGGUGUACGGAGAGAUCCGAGCUUCUGUACGCUUCUUCCGACAUUCCCGCUUCUUCGAGAACUGUACUCUGCCAGCACAGAGUCUGCCAGAGGAUCUAGAGACCAGUCUGCUGGCCUUUGCAGGGGACUCGGUGCUUUUGGACUGCCGGACCUCCAUGAAAGGGAAACACAUGUCCUACUUGUGGGUUUCCCCAAGCCAGGAGUACAUAGCUCCUCCGGGCAACAACCGGUCCCUGGGUAUGUUUCCCAAUGGCAGCCUGUGGAUCCUGGCUGCCAAGACCGAGGAUUCGGGGGUGUACCUGUGCAUGGUCGUGGAUCGGUUGCAGAUGCGCAAUGAGACGCUGGAGGUAAAUCUGACGGUGAUUUUGAGGAGGAGUCAAGCUGAGCCCUUCAACACGGGCUUCACAACCCUACUGGGCUGCGCGGUCAGCCUAGUGCUGGUGUUGAUAUACCUGUACCUGACACCCUGUCGCUGCUGGUGCUGCAUGCACCCCCUGCCACCUGCCCGGCUCAGCCCUGUCUGCAAACACACCGCACAGUCAGCCGCACACAACACACCUCCAGGGGGAGUUGAGAGAGCCAGUCGCAAGCCUGCCAGCAAUAAGCACGUGGUCUUCUUGGAGCCCACCAAGGAGGCACAGAAUGGGCAACACCGGACGUCCGUGGCACCUCAGCCUAACUCCAUUGCUUCUGUCUUCUCAAGCAGUGUGCCCAAACCAUAGUACAGGACAUCCCCUAUCUGUGCAGAAAGCAGAAUCUAUCCCAGGCAUUGCAGCAGGAGUUUGGAUACUUCCAUUGGAGGAAAAUCAUCCACUGUGCAUGGUGACAGCUAAGA